AUGGAGGCGGGCCAGGAAGACGAAGGGAGUGAUCUCCUGGACUUUGCGGCCACCUUUGCCCAGUUGUGCGAGGAUGAGCGCACCGUGCCAUUGGGCGAGGCUGGUGAGGAGGUGGUGGUGCGGCAGGACACGGGCGUGGGCCAAGGCGGGGCUGUCUGGGAGUCGGCCCUGGCCCUGAUCGCCUGGUGGCGCCACGCCCACGCGGAGCACCCCCUCGGCCAGCUCCUCCCACAGAUGUCCGGCGGCGGCGGCGGGUCUGCCAGCUCGGUGCAGGACUCCACAGACGGAGCUGCCGCCGUCUCUACGGUGGUGGAGCUGGGCGCCGGCACCGGCGUGGCAGGGCUCGCCAUCGGCGCCCUGCUGGGCCGAUCGCGGAUCGUGCUCACCGACCUGCCGCCCUACCUACCCCUCCUCCGCCACAACGCAGCUCUCAACGCGCCGCUCUUGCGAUCGCGAGGGAGCAGUGUCGAAGUGGCGAGCUAUCGCUGGGGAGAGGCGCCUCCGCUUCUGUCCACCACCACCGCCGCCGCCGCCGCCGCCAGCAGCAGCAGCAGCGGGGGAGGACCCGUCGGGUCCUACGAUCUGAUCGUGGGCUCCGACCUGGUCUACGACGCGGCCAAGCCCGGUUUCGACUGGCGGCGCAACCACCAGGAGCUGGUGGCCUCCUUCAACCUGUUGGCCCACCCAGCAGCCAGCCAGCGGGCGACCACGGUGGUGUUGGCCGUCGAGCGGAGGCGCGAGUCGGGUCACUUCUACGACGCCUUCUUUGGCCUCCUUAGGGAGUGCGGGUGGCAUUGUGACGUGCGGCCCUUUUCGAUCGACGAGCGCACGGACACCCUCAUCCUCAUCAUCCGUCGUGCGCCGGCUGCCUCUGCGGAAUGA